AUGAAGCGCCGCGAGGUGACGCUCUGCAAAAAGGCACCUGUUGAUGUUUGCCUCGUGAUGCACAAGACGUACGAGGGGCAAGCUCCUGCGACAGAAGAGAAAGAGAGCACGGUGCUGGCUGCUAUAGCGUUGGUCAAAGCUGGUGGCAAACGGGCCCGCAUAACCGAGUACCUCGAGGGCGACGCUGCUGCGGCAAAAUGUGAAACACAUAAAGGCCUUGCGCUCAUGUUUGCCGCAUUUCGCCUCCCGGAGAUCCUCAUCGACCAUCUGCUCUUCGUCAACUCUAUGCACCACGUUGCACGCGGCGGUCAUGGCUACGUCCCCCCACAUUGCAUGUACAUCGGCGGGGCCGGACUGCUCGCUUGCCGCAAGGGUAUUGAGAACGGCAUGAUGGGGAUCAAGGCUAGCUGGAAGAAGACGGGUGUUACCAUCGCGUCCGACAUGAUGACGGACAAGUGUGGCAGGCUGCAGGCGAAUGUCCUCCUCGUCAAUGACGCUUGCGCCGUCCUGAAGGAGUGUGUGGACUGCAACAUGGAGAAGAAGACGGGGAUAUGUCGCGUGCUCCGCUCCACCCUUCCGCAAAUGGUCCUCGGAAAUGAGUGGAAGGAGUGGGCUGCUGGCUCGCGCAAGGUGGCUGCAGAGAAGUUCGCCGCGUUGGUACUCGACUCGACUUGGUGGAAAACAGCCGAGUUUUUCACCAAGCUGCUGCAGCUCCCUUUCGAGGCGAUGCGCAAGACGGACGGGGAGGCAAAAGGGAUGAUGGGCAGGAUCUACGACGUGAUGCUCCAACGCACGGAGGAUGUUGGGGCUCUCGUGGAUGCGGAUGAGAAGCAGUUGUGCUAUAGCGAGAAGCAGCAGAUCCGCCGGAUCCUAAAAACUGGUGGGAUGGGAGCCUUGCGUGCGCCAUGCAUGUGGCAGGCCAUGCAUGCCAUCAUCAACCUCGCGAACCAGGAAGAAGACAUCUUUGGCAGCGACGCCGAAUGCACGCACGUCUUCAAAGCGUUCCUUCACCAGCAUGCGCAGUUUCUCGUUGGCCACGACGGAAAGGGGAGGGAUGGGGCCUGUGAUUACUUGGUUAAGUUGGGGGACGGGUUGAGGGAUUUCUUGGACAUGAAUGGGAGUUUCGGGAUGGCGGAGGCUGUGACACAAAGGGAGAAGGUGAAGGCGGGCACUUACAGCAUGGUGAAGCGGUGGCAGUGGAAGGGGACAGAUGCCCCCCGCCUUGCGUCCCUUGCCAUCCGGAUUCUCUCUCACAGCCCGAACCGCUUAGGGUCCGCCAAGUGUGUGGAUUUGGUGUUUGUUGCGCACAACUGGAACGUUCUACACAACUGGCACACGCGCAAGCAUGCGUGUGGGAAUGAGCUUGAGGCCCCCAUCCUCGAAGGUUACAAUGUGCCAGAUGAGGAGGAGGAGGAGGAGGAGGAGGAGGAGGAGGAGGAGGAGGAGGAGGAGGAGGAGGAGGAGGAGGAGGAGGAGGAGGAGGAUGAUGAUGACGACGAAAUCUUGGAGAACAAGUAUGAAUAG